AUGACUUCAACAAUGUGGUUUUAUUAUAAGGCUAUUAGUAAAGUAACUUUACAUAAUCUUAUCGUAUCUAUCGCUUUAUACAAAGCUCCAACAAAGAUGUUAUAUGAAAUUGUCGUAUAUUUCUUUAGUUUUGUAUUGGGCGGCUUUUUUCGUGAAAUAAAACCUCGUGGAUCGCAUAAAAUACCUAAGGAUGGACCAAUUAUUUUUGUUGCGGCCCCACACGCAAAUCAGUUCGUUGACCCAUUGAUUUUAAUGAAAAACUGUCAAAGAAAAGUUUCUUUUCUAAUCGCAGAAAAGUCUAUGAAACGUAAAUACGUUGGUGCCAUGGCUCGUGCUCUUAAUGCAAUACCCGUUACCAGACCUCAAGAUCUAGCCAAACUUGGAGAAGGAAAAAUUUAUCUUAAAGAUCGAGUGAAAGAACCUACUCGAAUAAAUGGAAUUAAUACAAGAUUCACAAAACAAUUAACAGUGAAAGGUCAAAUUUCUUUACCGGAUGAUCGUGGUUCAUCAGAAAUAAUUGAAAUUAUUUCAGAUACAGAAUUACGAAUAAAAAAAGAAUUUAAAGAUUUAAAAGCAUUAGAGUUAUUGACACAACCUGAUGGAACUUUUUAUAAAUGUUUACCACGUAUUGAUCAAAGUCAAGUUUAUGAGGCAGUAUUUAAAACAUUAAAUGCUGGAAAUUGUAUAGGAAUAUUUCCGGAAGGUGGAAGUCAUGAUCGAACAGAAAUUUUGCCUUUGAAAGCUGGAGUAACUGUUAUGGCUUUAGGUGCUAUGGCCAAUAAUUCAAACUUGGAUGUUAAGAUUGUGCCAUGUGGAUUAAAUUAUUUCCAUGCUCAUCAAUUCCGUUCUCGAGCUGUUGUUGAAUUUGGUUCGCCUAUACAGAUUCCUAGUGAAUUGGUAAAAAAGUAUCAAAAGGAUGGAACAGAAAAAAGGGAAGCAUGUAGUGAAUUAUUAAAAAUAAUUUAUGAUGGAUUAAAAUCAGUAACAGUCAAUACACCAGAUUAUGAUACAUUGAUGGUUAUCCAAGCAGCUCGUCGUUUAUAUAAACCCGAGCAUUCCAAAUUAGAAUUAACUGAAGUGACAGAAUUAAAUCGACGAUUUGUUGAUGGUUAUAUUAAAUUUAAAGAUGAUCCACGUGUUCAAGAGAUGAAUCAAAAAGUUAUCUCAUAUAAUCAAUCAUUAAAAAAUUUUGGAUUGAAAGAUCAUCAAGUUCAGAAAACUACUCUUGGAAGAACUAGAGCUUUAGUAUUCGCUCUCUUAAGUUCUCCACUCAUAUUUAUUGCUCGCAAAAUCAGUGCUAAAAAAGCAGCAGAUGCUUUAAAGACUUCAACUGUUAAAGUAGCAGGUCGAGAUGUAUUAGCUACUUGGAAACUUCUUGUCACACUUGGAAUCGCUCCAAUCUUAUAUGGAUCUUAUGUUAUAAUAUUUUCGAUUAUAGUUUACAAAUAUAAUUGGAGAAUAUUAAAUUUUGGAAUAUUUUAUCCAUUAGUUAUACUUUUAAUUCUUAUGGUGGAUAGUUAUGCGACAUUAAAAUUAUUUGAUACUGGAUUAGAUAUAUACAGAUCUCUCCCUCCUCUUUUCUUAUCCCUUUUACCUUCUCAUAAAACAUCGAUGCAAAGUCUGCUAGAAAUUCGUGAUCAACUUUCUUUAGAUUUAACCGAAUUAAUUAAUGAUCUCGGACCUAAAAUGUAUCCAGAUUUUGAAUCUGCACGUAUUGUCAAAGAAACAAAAGAAAAAAUAAAUAGUCGAUCCGCUUCUCCUUCACCAUCACCAUCUAGACCUUUAUCAGCAAGUUCACUAAGACUCCGUUCAUUAUCUGAUUGGUUUGAAGAUAAAACAUUUGAUUGGGAAAAGACCGAAGAUUCUGAUUAUGAUGAUGUGUUCUUCUUCAUUGACCAAAAAAGUGGAGGUAGAAUUACUGGACGUAGUAGAAGAAGUUCUGGUAAUAUAAGAUAUAGUGGAGAAGGAAUUUCAAAUAAUAGUACAACUCGAAGUAGAUCGAGUUCAUUUAAUUCCAACGUUUCUAGUAGUGAUGAAUUAAAAGUUGAAGGUUUCACCAAAGUGAGUAUGGCUAAUAUACCAAGAAUCGAAAUUAAUGAUGUUGAAGAUUCUGGAUACCAAGGAGAUAAGGAAACUGCAGAAAUUGAAUCAAAAAAAGAUGUGUAA